AUGGCGUACAAAUACAUCAUAUCAAAGUCCCUCGACCCUUUCUUCGCGAUAUCCAUCGGUCUUGCAGCGGCCCUCACACGCAUAAGCCGGGAAGAGAAGGAGCAGGGACGAAGCAUGCAGCAGAGCAUUGAGUUAUUCAAGAAGAGGAGCGGGAUUGCGUGGGAGGAGGUCUGGAAGAAAUGA